GGCAGCAUCCCGGUUUGUCUGAGCAUACGGUCGCUCAGGCAGAAAGGAAAGAUGGCUGCCUGUGCACUACGUAGAGGAUUGCUUAGCGGUGUCAGCAAAUACAGCAGAAAACACUCCCAUAGAAUACUGAGUGUCACUGACAGUAACAUCAGCUUUGAUGUGUACAAGCCACGCUUACAAUGCCGAGCCUGCGGGCUGCUUGGCGGUGUUCAACAAAAGAGGUUUAUGUCGUCACGGAACAGGCCUGAAGGAAAGAUUUUGGAGGCUGUCGGUGUGUUUGAAGCAGUGAAGCAGCAUGGGAAAUAUGAAACGGGACAGCUAUUUCUCCACAGUGUAUUUGGCUAUAGAGGCAUUGUCUUGUUUCCGUGGCACGCCCGCCUCUAUGACCGGGACAUCACCCCUCCAGUGUCCGACAGCAAACCCGAGCCGCCCGGAGCCCACGGCUCUAAGGAGGUGAAGGGGAAGACUCACACGUACUACCAGGUCCUCAUUGACACCAGGGACUGCCCUCACAUAUCUCAGAGGUCUCAGACUGAGGCAGUGACAUUUCUGGCCAAUCAUGACGACAGCAGAGCCUUGUACGCCAUCCCUGGUAACCAGCAAGGAUCUGACUUACAUAUUUCUAAUAUAAUUAAAAUAAAUGUCAAUAAGUUAAUGGUAAAUUUGUGUUUUUGUCGUUGUCUUCACACCUUAGCUCCCCCAUUUACACCCAGAGACACCUUGAAGGCCUGGCAGGAGAAGAACCACCCCUGGUUGGAGCUGUCUGACGUCCACAGGGAGACCACAGAGAACAUCAGGGUCACCGUUAUCCCCUUCUACAUGGGAGUGAGGGAGGCCCAGAACUCCCACGUGUACUGGUGGCGCUACUGUAUCCGCCUGGAGAAUCUGGGUAGCGAGGUGGUUCAGCUGAGAGAGAGGCACUGGAGGAUCUUCAGCCUGUCAGGAACCCUGGAGACGGUCCGGGGCCGCGGCGUCGUAGGCAGGGAACCUGUGCUCUCUAAAGAGCAGCCAGCCUUCCAGUACAGCAGCCAUGUGUCUCUACAAGCACCAAGUGGUCAUAUGUGGGGAACGUUUCGUAUUGAGAGAACCGAUGGUUCCCACUUCGACGUCAGGAUUCCCCCCUUCUCUCUGGAGAGCAACAAAGAUGACAAAGCGCCCCCUGCUGGCUACACAUUCUAACUGGCACUGGCUGGGUGAUCUCUGCAGUUGUCCUUCUUCUGCGGCCCUGCCUCAGCAUUCAGUCAAUUUCAGUCAAGAGCAGCAGAGUGGGAUCGAUUAAAUGACAGAGUGGAAAUUCACUCUGCUGUUCUGUGCAUUCUUGAGGCACGGACACUUGGGUCAAACGUAGAAUUACUGCAGAUUUGGUUCUGAUGGGCAAUUACUGAAACACUGACCCGACUAUUUGUAAGUGGGAGGAUUUCCUGCUGAGCUUCUGGUUUGAGAAAAUGGAGAGGGACUCAAAUUGAACCAGUAAGUUAUUUCUUAUUUGCCAGCUGAAAACUGUUCAUCUCUAUGUUGUCAUCUGUUUUGGGGUUAUAACAUUUAUUUCACUUGGACCCUUUCCUUCUCCUCAUGCUUUAUAAGCAUCAGACUACCCAUGUUCAGAGUCGUGGAAGAGUGACACAACAGUGAAGCACAGUGGACAUCAUUAUUUUCUACUUGAAAAGCAUAAAAAUAAUGAAAUUCACUGCAUGCAGUCCUAACUUGAUCUGUCAUUCCUAUACCAGCACAAACCUAUCACAGUAACUUCUAGUAAUUGAACUCAAAGUACAUAUUUAAUAUUUUCUAGUAACUUUCACACAGUUGGAAAACAACCACCAACAUGUUAGUUCCUUUAAAAACAUUAGUUAUAUUCCUGAUUGUUUUUAUUUCCAUUAACAGCCAUUAGAUAAAUUGUAUUGCAACUGUUGUUGCUGCCUUUGCGUGCCUUUGGUAGGUCCUCUUUUUUUUUUUUUUUUUUUCACAGGAAUCCUGGUGAGGUUUCUGCUCACAGCUAUUUUAUUCUUUCCUUGUUUGUCUAACAUUAGACACACAACAGAAGAAAUAUUUAGCUGUAAUACUUUGUACAAAUUUGAAUUGGGCUGAUCUAAACACUAUCUGUUGGACAGUAUAGGAGCGGAAGGUGAUUAUUAUCAUUAAAUUAGAAAAAUGAAGAUGUCCACUGUGAUUUCGUGCUAUCAAGCUCUAGCAUAGAGUCCACUGUGUGCGUUGACAGCCAAAUGUAACCCCCCUCCUGCUCAAGGCCAGGCUUUAUAGUCUUGGAAUAACAGAAAUCGCACCACAAAAGCGUGAGAAGCAGUGUCAGAGGGCGACCGGUUUGAACUUUUGUGUUUUAAGAGACAUGUCUACCAUUUGAUGGAUGUCUUUUGCUGUUUUUAACUUUGAGAGGGAACGAGAAAUGAGCCUAACACUUCCCCCUUAAAGGGAAGGUAGAAGCUAACAUCGCUGCUUUAGUGAGCGAUUUGAAGCAACUCUGAUGUUUGAAAUACUGUAAAUAGAGAUGUAAUUAAAAGUAAAGCGAAUAAACCUUUUCAAAAAUG